AUGGCAAGUGUUACGGAGAUUAAGCAGCUUGAAGCGAAGAUUAAAGAGAAUGUGAAGGCGAUGAAUGAAUUACCAACGAUAGUUCAAGCAUUACAACAUAGUGAAAAAGCUAUUGCUCAAGCAGCUAUGCAAAGUAUGCGACGUGUUUUACUCUUUUGCUUAGAAAAAGGUGAUCUCAAGUCCAAGACAAGAGAAAACGAUAUUACGAAUAAUGCAAACGGUAAAGAUUUGGGGGCAAUUGAUACAUUCCAUCGUUGGAUAUGGAAUGUUUAUAUCAAUUUUAUCAAGUCGAUGUUACAGUGGCUAGGCGAUAGUGAAAUGGACACAAACUUACGAGUUGGAGCUUUGCGUACUCUUAUGGAAUUUAUAUCUCGUGAAGGCAAAAUCCAAGAGACUGUACCUACUUUUGGUAAUGAAACGUUCUCUCAGUUGAUUUAUGAGUUAGUUACGACGAAGAAACUCAAGGGAGAAGUGGCGAGUGUGUUUGAAGGCGAGUUUAUUCGCGCUUACAUGGACGUUCAGUAUUACAUGCUCAAAAGUUUGGCUCAUAUUUUGGAGAAUCGCAAUGAUCAAACCGACGCGACUGUAAUCGCCAAUGCUCUUAAAUUACUUGAAAUGGUACGAAUGCCAUGUGACGAGAAAGACAUAACAUCGUUUCUUGUGGAAUCAAAGAAUUGGAGUGUAAUUGAGCACGAUUUGGUAAGCAGUGACGAAAGUGAUGAAGAGAAAGAAGAGAUUGCAAAUGUUGGCGAGAAACGAAAGAUGACGUCAGAUUCGAGUGUGAAGAAAACAAAAAAAUCAAAAGGUUUGUACAGUCUUAAACAGCAUCAACAUGCAUUCAGUUUAGCGUGGAUUGCUGUGCUUCGUCACAAAUUACCACAAGCUUCGUACGAAAAGGUGUUGGUACAACUCCCAGACGAUAUCAUGCCCCAUCUUGUCAAUCCACUACUUCUUGCAGAUUUUCUUACCGAUUCAUACAAUAUUGGUGGUGUCACGAGUUUGCUUGCAUUAAAUAGUCUGUUCCUUCUCAUUCAAGACUAUAAUUUCGACUCACCUGAUUUUUAUAACAAACUUUAUGCGCUACUGGACGAUCCGACGUUAUAUUCAGCAAAACAACGCGACCGUUUCUUUGGGUUAUUGAAUCUCUUUUUGUCUUCGACGCACUUGCCGGCGUACACAGUCGCAGCGUUUGCAAAACGCUUGUCGCGAAGUGCAUUGACAGCUGAGCCAGGUGCCAUUUUGUUUAUCAUUCCAAUGGUGUACAACUUGAUUCUACGCCAUAAAGAGUGUCUUCAAUUAAUCCAUCGACCUGGUGCGUUCACUGCCGCGGAAAAAGCUGCGAAACGUCGUCAGGAACUCUCAAGCAACUCUGCUGUUGAUGCAGCAGCAAAGAAAUUGUCAAGUGAGACGAUUGACUUGGUAUUGAAGGACGGACACGAUCCGUUUCAAAAUAAUGAGUUGGAUCCGAUGAAAUGCAAUGCAUUGCAGAGUUCCUUGUGGGAACUUUACACCAUGAAACAUCACUACAAUGCUGACGUUGCGUUAAAAGCGCGCAUGUUUGAAGAAAAGCUACGGCAUCAAUUUCUUAACGUUGAAGAUAGCAUGGAGAUUACUUACAAGAGCAUUUUCAACAAGCAACUGAAGCGAAAAGAAAAGGCCAAAGUGCCUUUAGCUUUUAAGCCUUGUCAUGCACUGUUUUCAAAGGAAGAAGACGAGACUGAUAGUGGAGAAAAAGACCUUUUUGCCAAAGUCUUUGUACUUUAG